AUGACGACCGCAACUCCUUCAAUACCCCCCAAAGUCACGAUAAUAGACUCGAUCCCCACAAUCGAUAUCUCCUCAAACUCCUCCAUUCGGAAAAAAGUCUCCCAAUGUCUUUCCGUGCUCCAGAUACAACCUUCAUCAUCUUCAUCUUCAUCUUCAACCACGACAGGUACAACAACAACAACGGCAGUUGAACCACAGGGGAAGAAGAAGAAAGCUUCAUCAAAAAAGAGUCAUCCGAAGAUAAUCGCUUUGAGAACCGUUCAUCCCUCCGCCGGGUCAAAGGUUAUUACAGUAGCUGAAAUCGUAAAGCGAUGUAUCGCCGAUCCGCCUACAGAUGGAAGUGGUGGUAAUACUAGAAAAGGUGUAUGGUGGCAGUACACAAAACUGGAGAGCAAGCUCAUUGAACUACCACCCAGGAAACCAAUGGUAGUUAAAGAAGGAGACACAUUGAAAAAAGAUAAGAAGAAAGACGAUACAAAACCCGACAGGAAUGUUAAGGAUAAAAGGAAACAAGAACCGGAACCUACCACGAACGCGAAUAAACGAAAACAAGAUGGACAAGAAAGCCGGGCGUCGAAAAGGCCAAAACUAGAUCUUUCGCAGAAUCAAAAUGUGGAUUCAACAAUUGAAGGUUCCGCUCCGAAGUCAAACUCCAAGAAACGAAGAAGGGACAAAUCCGAGGGUACCGAUGAAGAUUCAAACGACGACGACGAUAUCCCACCACAUUUAAAGGAAAAUAACGACUUAGAAAGCGACGAUGACAUCCCACCGCACCUUCGAGACGCUACGGAUGAUAUGGACACAGACGACGUACCUCCCCAUCUACGACAAUCAUCCCCAGAUGACAUCCCACCACAUCUUAGAAAUUCAACGCCAGGAUUAUAUUCAGAUACAAAACCAGGGUUUCUACGAGAUUCUACCCCAGACAAUGGAGGCGGUGGCGGAUCGGACGAUAUACCCCCACACUUACGUGGCAGUUCACCGUUUAAAGACCGAGACGGAUCAAGCACUCCUAAACCCAUACCGACACAAGGGGAAGACCAAACUUUAACUUCUUCACCCCCAUCCCUUUCUACAGAAACACCUACGAAAGCACAGGAAGAACACAAUAAUGAAGAUAAAAAUGAAGAUAAAAAUUCGGAUUCCGAUGAAGACGAGGACGACGGGUAUCGUCAAUUCUCGUAUUUAGAUAUCGAACACCUCCCCGAAAAGCAUACAAAGCGUAUUCUGGAGGAUAUAGAUGAGGCGGAGAGGAAUAGGAAAAAGUAUAGAGCUAUAGCUAUCAUGACCAUCUACAUAAGCCUUGAGAAGCACGGGGAUUUUGAGAAACUUUAUGGCGGACAGACAAAUGAAGGCGAGAAGAAAAAGAAGCAAGAGGUGAAGGAGGAGGGGAAGUCGAAGUAG